UUCAUUACCACAGCAAUGCAACAUCUGUUUAAUGUUCACUUGCUAGGUGAGGAGGCCUGGAGAUGUCGGGCUGCUGCUACUGAUCAGCGACUGUACAGGACCGUGAAUGAACCCUGGCACAGCUCCUGCUUCCAGGAGCCAGUGGCUGGAGAGAAGCUACUUCAUUGUAAGAGGCAAUGUUCCCUCCAAGAUUUCCCAUCCGUGAGCAAGUGCUCCGAAUGCCAAGACCCCCUAACUAACUGGUACUAUGAGAAAGAUGGGCAGCUCUAUUGUCACAAAGACUACUGGGGGAAAUUUGGGGAAUCGUGCCAUGGCUGCUCUUUGCUGAUGACUGGACCUGUGAUGGUGGCUGGAGAAUACAAGUACCAUCCAGAAUGCUUUGCUUGUAUGAGCUGCAAAGUAAUCAUUGAAGAUGGAGACACAUACGCGCUUGUACAGCAUUCCACACUCUACUGUGGAAAAUGCCAUAACCAGAUUGUGCUGAAGCAAAUGAUAGAAAGACUCUCCACACAAUCUCUGCGUGAACAGCUACCCUACACGCUGACGCUCAUCUCCAUGCCUGCAGCCACUGAUGGCAAGAGAGGGUUCUCCGUGGCUGUGGAAAGUGACUGCUCUAGCUACGCUGCCAGCGUCCAGGUCAAAGAAGUCAACAGAAGACAUAUUAGUCCCAAUGUCCGAAAUGCCAUUCACUCUGGAGACCGGAUCCUGGAAAUCAAUGGAGUUCCUAUUCGCACAUUACAAGUGGAGGAAGUGGAGGACCUAAUUCGCAGGACCAGUCAGACGCUUCAGCUGCUCAUAGAACAUGACCCCGUCUCUCAGCGACUAGACAGGCUGCGGCUGGACUCCAGGCUCCCCACCCACAUAAAAACCCACCCCCACCCCGCUCCCCCUGUUAAGGAGAACCUGGAAGGAACGUUGCAUAGGCGCUCUCUCAGGCGAAGUCACAGUAUUUCCAAGUCUACUGGACCCAGCUUCCCAAAGGAACCUUUCAUCCUGAGCCGUGACAUUAGUCGUUCUGAAUCUCUGCGCUCCUCUUCCAGCUAUUCCCAGCAGAUCUUCCGGCCCUGUGAUCUGAUACAUGGUGAAAUCCUGGGGAAAGGAUUCUUUGGACAGGCCAUCAAGGUGACCCACAAAGCAACAGGGAAGGUGAUGGUGAUGAAGGAGCUGAUUCGCUGUGACGAGGAAACGCAGAAGACUUUCUUGACCGAGGUGAAAGUGAUGCGCAGUUUGGAUCACCCCAAUGUACUGAAGUUCAUUGGCGUGCUGUACAAGGAUAAGAAACUGAACCUUCUUACCGAGUACAUCGAAGGGGGGACUCUAAAGGAUUUCCUCCACAGUGCGGACCAAUUUCCUUGGCAGCAGAAAGUCAGCUUUGCCAAAGGAAUUGCUUCAGGAAUGGCCUAUUUGCACUCCAUGUGCAUCAUCCACAGAGACCUGAAUUCACAUAACUGUCUGAUCAAACUGGAUAAGACUGUGGUGGUUGCUGAUUUUGGGCUGUCUCGACUAAUUGUGGAAGAGAGAAAGAAACCCACCCUGGAAAAGCCAUCUACCAAGAAGCGAACCCUCCACAAGAGCGACAGGAAGAAGCGCCACACUGUGGUCGGGAACCCAUACUGGAUGGCGCCGGAGAUGUUAAAUGGGCAGUGUUAUGACGAGACUGUGGACAUCUUCUCGUUUGGGAUCGUUCUCUGCGAGAUCAUAGGGCAGGUGUAUGCUGACCCUGACUGUCUCCCCAAUGGAAAGCUGUUUUGGGAGAAGUUUGUUCCUGCCGAUUGCCCUCCAGUCUUCUUCCCUCUGGCUGUCAUUUGCUGCAGUGUGGCGCCAGAGAGCAGGCCCCCAUUUUCAAAACUGGAGGACUCCUUUGAAGCCCUCUGUCUCUACUUGGGAGAACUGGGAAUCCCCCUCCCUUCUGAGCUGGAAGAGCUGGACCACAAUGUGAGCGUUCAGUACGGGCUGAGCCGCGACAAGCUAGCUGAGAACACAACCUAGGCAGCUCACCCUAUCCGGACUAUCUUUUUUUCAUUGGAUCCCAUACGAAUGGUGUGGAAGGGAGAUGGACUUCAGUUGUCUGCAGGUCAUUCCAGGGGCACCAGCUGCAUACUCCGUGCAUCACCUCUCCCUCCAGCAUGGGACCAAACCGUCAUGGGUGUCUGAGCUCCUGGCUUCACUGUGGAUUUGUGGCAUGUUUUACAAAUGGAAAGGGCUGUUUCCUGCCUGCUGCACCAAGGAGAGCUGAACCACAAGGGGAAAACCAUUCUCUGGGGCUGGUCCAGCCUUAUGUCCCUGGGGUGCCUUAGAAUGUGACAUGUGACUUUAAGCUGUGAAAUAGUCCUGGCCUAUCCGCCAGAAAGGGGAUCAUUAUAGGAAGACUCCUUGGUUAGGGACUGCUUUCCUGGAGUCACUUGACCCAGACUUUGCAGUAACUGACCUCUCCUCGGGAAAACCUGGAAUACACUACAAUGGAGAACUUCAGGCCCCUGGCAAAAGGGCUCAGUGUGGGGGGGAUUACAUUUUCUACUUGUGAAGUGGGAAGUUUCUGAGCUGCCAUGGGCGUGGAACUUGGCUUGCUAGCUGGGGCAGGAGAACUGCUCUAGGAACUAUGAGGAGCUUGUACAAAAUGGUUGUGACGUAGUGUCUGUGAGUAGCAUUUGUCUUCAUUAAUGUAGUUCCACCCUCCAAGCCCCUGUUGCGGAACACUACAGCCAGUGACAACUUGGCUUUGCUUGAUGUGAAUGAGGCUAUGGCCUGAGUCCAGGGGGCAAGAAGGGGAAGACUGGGUAACUCUCAGGUAUGCUUUUAGCUCCUUCAGCGCCAAGAGGAGUAAUAUGUAGCUGAUACCCAAAAGUGAACUCUGGAGCCAGUGUUUGAGUCCCACAUUCUCCUGUAAAACUGCAUUCGCGCUCUAUUGCAGCCCCAUCAUCUAAGUGGUGAGGAAUGUGUUAGCGUUAGUUCCUCUGCUCCCUAAGGAGUUGGGAAUAUGAAAGCCUGCCCAUAGAAAUGACAUGGGACUAGCCCUCAUGUCUGUCUUCAGUUGGUGGUUUAAUUUAUCUGGUGGUGGUUUUAAGAAGUGGGGAAGAGCUGUACUGUGGGGGAGUUGCUGUUUGGGUUGAGUGGAUUCAAGCAUUCUGUUACAGGACUUUCUCCCUGCUACGUAGUAGGGUGGGGAGUCUUAACUCCGUGUGACUGCAUCUCAAUGUUGACUAAAUUAAAAGCAAUAAAUACACCCUGAGAGUA